UGAAACCUUAGAGUGUGUAUAAACCAGGGUAGCGAUGGAGCGGUGGGAGGAGAGACUCGCAGAUCUUCCAGACUCAACACUUAUCCAGCUUCUCCAGAACUGCGAUGGCUUCAUCCAUUAUGACAGCGUUUAGUCUGGCUGUUUUAGCUCUGCUGCUCUGUUUCCACAGCAGCCCGACAGCGGCUCAGGCAGAUUUAGCACUGGACUGUUGUCUGAAGGUCAGCCAAAAAGUCAUCCCCAAACAUGUCCUUCUCAGGUACAAGGAGCAGAGCAGAGGUGACGGCUGCCCACGUGAUGCCAUAAUAUUCAUCACCAGGAGAGGAUUGAACCUUUGUGCUCCGCCUGCCAGUGAAGAGUCGUGGGUGAAAGACACCAUGACGUUUCUGGACAAAAGGAGAGAAAUUUGCAAAGAAAUGAAGUUCCGCGAGAAACGCUGUCAUGCUCUGAAAGAUCUGAAGGUUUGAGUGAACACGUACUGCAUGCACAGUAAUAUAUGCAUUAAAUGGCAGCUGAUUAUGCUAAUGAAAAGAGUAAAUUUUUCCUAAAUAUCUCUUUGUUUCUUAAGUUGUUUCUAUUUUAUCAAUCAGUUUGUGAUGUGUGAAUUCACAUAAAUACUUUGUUUGAUAGUCACAUUUUUGCAUUUGAAGUGAAUAAAGCGUUUGACAUAA